AUGGCCCUCACCCGCAAGUCUUACACCGUUGGGAUCGUUUGCCCCAAGAUUGUUGAGAUGAUUCCCAUCGUGGCAUUCCUGGACAAACAACACCCUCCCCUCCCCUCCCAUUGUUCGACGUACCAGGAUGCUUAUACCUUUGGCUGCAUUGGUAACCACAAUGUGAUUGUGGCGGUUCUUCCUGAAACCGGCAAUAUCAAGGCCGCAAGCGCCGUCGCCCGGCUUAAGAAGGAGUUCAACUCAAUCGAGAUCGGUAUCGUGGUGGGAGUUGCCGGUGGGAUCCCGGACACCGAUCAGUUCGAUAUUCGACUAGGCGAUGUGGUGGUGGGGAAGGCAACGGGGACAAAUUAUGCGGCCAUUCUGUUUGAUCAGGGCAAACAACAUCCGGACAAGUUUGAGCAGACUGGGCUGUUGAGCAACCCCCCCGAGUUUCUCAUGACCCACAUCGAAGCCCUACGCCUCAAGCACGAAAGGCAGGGAGAUCUUGUCGAAAAUGUCCAACAAGCUCGGACCCAACUGCAACUAUCGGGGACAAGAGAUUGUGUCCACCAAGGUCAUCCUGACUGCAAGACCUGUCCUCCAGACAAGCUCGUCAACCGAGCUUAUCCGAGACAGAAUCCACCGAAUCCACCGAACUCGCCCAAAGUACAUUUUGGGCCGAUUGGUUCCCCGAGCGCACUCAUCAGGGACGCCACCACGAGGGAAGAGUUGAGAAGGAAGCUGGGGGUGAUAGCUGUUGAGAUGGAAGCCGCUGGGUCAGCGGGUCAGUUGCCAUGCCUUGUAGUCCGGGGAAUCUGCGACUACGCAGAUUCCCACAAGAACAAGAGGUGGCAACCGUAUGCGGCCGCAACCGCUGCAGCAUAUGCUAGUGAGCGCAGGCAUGGUGUCAAGCGCGGUGGUGGGCAAGUACCAGACAUUCAAUGGGGGGUUUCAUAUGAAGUAGGCCUAGUACUAUCGGGGAGAGAUUUGAAAGCGCACUGAUUGAUAUUUGCAAGUAAUCAUGUCGCGGCGUCUCGUAUGUUACCUAUAGCACUUUAAGUGAGAUUGCUUU